AUGUCCUCAAAGCAGAUUCCCGAGAUGAUGUGGGAAAGCGAAAACGUGGCAGAUUCGUUCAAAAUGUUUAAACAAAGACUCGAACUCUAUUUUGCCACAAAGAAGAAACAUAAGGACGACCAGGUCGCCUACAUACUCCUCCAAAUUGGCGAGAAAGGCCUUCGCAUGUUUAAUGCCAUGACACUCACCGACGCCGAAAAGAAAGAUCCAGCUAUUAUAUUUCAUAAACUGGGCGAACAAAUCGAGCCGGCUGAACACUUUCGCGUGAGUAGACUCAAACUCAUGAGCAUGAGGCAGGUCAAAUCAGAAUCAUUAGACGAUUUUGUGACAAGGGCGCAGCUUCAGGCACAGAAGUGUGCUUUCGACAGUGUGGUGGAACUGGAAGAGAGACUGAUCGAAUUAAUCAUUUCAAGCACACCCAUCGGAGACUUCCAAAGGAAACUUCUUGAACAGCAAAAGGGUGUCAAAUUGGCCAAUGUAAUAAAGAUGGGUCGCACAUUCGAGGCCACUGCAUCACACGUACAGCAGCUACAAACAAUGGCAGAUUCUACCAGCAUCAGCGCCAUCAAGUCCAGCACUUGUCCCCCUUGCAGAAACUGCGGCGGGCAGCACAAACCACGGGAAUGCCCAGCCCAUGGUAUUACCUGCCAUACUUGCGGCAAAACUAACCACUUCGCCAAAGUUUGCCGUUCCGGGCCGCACCAGUCUUCACGCAUAGAUCUACCUUCACGCGGACGCUGGCAAAGACGUGGCGGAUCAGGCAGCCGAGGUGGAGGACUUCAGCGGAAGCCGCUAGAGGCAAAAAUCAAGGCGACGCAGGCUGAAAUCGACGAAGAGAACUUUGACGACCUAACAUUCAGCCCGGUCACCAUCUCUUCUGUUUCUUCACUACCCCAGCAACGGGACGAAACAUUCGUCAAGCUCAAAAUACUACCUCCAAACAGAGCUGGGCAACACAACAUCAUUGUCAAGGUCGACACAGACGCACAGGGGAACACACUGCCCCUGCGCAUGUUUAGGGACAUGUUCCCUGAGCAGCUGACAAUGGAGGGGGUCCCGGCCAAACAGGUCUUAAGAGAGAAAGGCAGCACAAGGCUGACUGCCUACAACGGUACAGACAUUCCCUGCCUUGGCAAGACAGCUUUUCCCUGUCGCUACAGAGGCGAGUGGCAGGAAACAGGAUUCUAUGUCGUAGACGUAGAAGGACCAGUCAUCAUUAGACUGCCUUCAUGCGAAAAAUUGAAAGCAGUGACACUGCACUGCAGCAUUUCAACGUCACACCCAUCUACCAAGGACAAGAUCAUUUGCGUCCAGGACCUGAUGAAAGACCACCCAGAACAGUUUGACAGAAUCGGUAAGAUGCCUGGCCCCGUCAGGUUGGUGGUGGAUCCAGACGUCCCGCCACACAUCGACGCACCAAGGAAAACUCCAAUUGAUCUCAGAGACGCGAUCAGGGAGGAGCUUGAGAGCAUGGUGGCAAGUGGUGUAAUCAGAAAGAUAACAGUGCCUGCGGAUGGGGUAUCAAGCCUCGCCUACUCAAAGAAGAAGUCAGGGAAGCUUCGAAUCUGCUUAGAUCCACGUCACCUGAAUCUUGCACUGAAAAGUCCACACCACAAAAUUCCGACCAUUGAAGAGCUGACGCAUCAAUUCUGUGGAAGUCGCUACUUCUCCAAAUUGGACGCCAAGAGUGGCUACUGGUCAGUUCAGCUCGACGAAGAAAGCCAGCUCUUGACGACGUUCCAGAUUCCAUAUGGCCGAUACUGUUUCACCAGACUACCAUUCGGUCUCAAGGUCUCUCAGGACAUUUUCCAGCUGAAAAUGGACCAGAUCUUUGAAAGCGUGAAAGGAGCCACCGGCAUCUCGGACGACGUUGUGAUCUACGGAAAGACAGAUGAAGAACACGACGAAGGCCUGCGCAACCUGAUGAAAGCCGCAGCAGAGGAUGGAUUGGUCUUCAACUCAGAGAAGUGCACCAUAAAGACUCAGUCCAUCACAUUCUUUGGCGCCACGUACACUCCUGAAGGCGUGCAUCCUGAUCCUGACAAGGUCAACGACUCGAAAGCCAUGCCAGCGCCAACGUCCAAGAAAGAACUGCAGGAAUUCCUUGCAUUCGUGACCUACAUGUCGCCAUUCAUCAACAACAUGGCCGAAAAAGCAGCUCCACUCAGAGAACUCCUGAAGAAGGACUCGUUCUUCAUCUGGGGCGAACACCAUCAGAAAUGCUUCCAUGCUCUGAAGGAUGCAGUUUCAGAGAACGCCACUCUGGUCUACUUCGACACAGGUACAACACCAACACUGGAGACAGACGCUAGCAUCCAAGGUCUAGGCGUGACACUCCUUCAGCAUGACAAGCCUGUUGCAUAUGCGUCCAAGACUCUGACGGACGCCGAAACACGAUACGCCUGCAUUGAGCGAGAACUCCUGGCCAUCGUCUACGGAGUAGAACGGUUUCACACCUACCUCUACGGUCAGAAAUUUCUCGUCAGAACAGAUCACAAACCACUCGUCAUGAUCCUCGACAAACACCUCGUCAGAGCACCUCCCAGGCUACAGCAAAUGCUCCUAGUAUAA